AUGAAUCGUACCUUAUCCAUAGAUUUUUUAAAUUUACUUCAAGAUCCUAUUGAUUAUAAUGCAAAAAUUAUAGUUGGCAAAGAACAAAAUAUUAAAGAAUUUAACUUACAUUCAGCAAUCUUAGCUUCUAGAUCCAAUUAUUUUAAAAACGCUUUAUCUUUACGAUGGGCAAAAAAAGAAAAUGGAAUAAUUAUUUUUAAAAAGCCUAACAUUUCACCUUUGGUAUUUCAAGUUUUAAUAAAGUAUAUUUAUUCGGGAAUAAUUUCCAUUGAAAAUAAUGAGAUUGGUCUUAUUAUUGAUGUUAUAAUUGCCGCUGAUGAACUUGAAUUACUUGAGCUUUAUCAACAACUUGAGGAAGUUUUACUUGGAAAUAUAUUAGAAUGGAAAACAAAAGAUAUUAUUAAAAUUUUACGAUGUGAUAAUUUCGUCAAUUUAUAUAAAGCUGCAAUAAAUUUGGUGUGUAACAAUCCCGGAGUUAUUUUUGAAUCUGAUGAUUUCUUAAAAAUGGAAGAAACUUAUCUUAUUCAACUUUUAAAAUGUGAUUAUCUUAAAUUAGAAGAAAUUAAAAUUUGGGAAUAUUUAAUUAAAUGGGGAAUCAAAAAUACAAAUUCUAUAUUAAAUAAUGAUAUAAAAACAUGGAAACCAUUGAAUUUCAUAGAUCUAAAGAAAACUUUACAAAAUUGUAUCCCUCAUAUUCGAUUUUUUCAAAUGUCACCUGAUGAAUACACGAAGAUUAGAACUGAUUUUAAAAAUAUUUUACCUGAUGAUCUCGAUGAUGAAGUUACUCAAUAUUUUUCAAAUUCUGCUUCCAGACUUUCUUUCAAUGCUUUACCGCCAAGAUAUAUAUUUGAUUCCAAGAUUAUUAACGCUACAGAUGUUGCUUUAAUAGCAAGUUGGAUUGAUAAGAAAAAUGGAACACCUCAUCAUUUUAACGAUUUACCUUUUAAAUUUAAUCUUAUUUAUCGUGCUAGUCGGGAUGGUUUUGGGACUGAUAAAUUUCAUAAACAUUGCGAUAAUAAGGGACCAACUAUUCUUUUAAUUAAAGUUCGUCACCCAAGAGAGAUAAUUGGUGGUUAUAAUCCAUUAGAAUGGUGUCGUACCAAGAUGGUAGAAGAUGAAAGAUCUCAUAAUCAUAAAAAUUAUCAAUGUGAAACGUCAAAUAGUUUUUUAUUUUCAUUAACAAGUCGAUUUAAUCCUAUAUUAAGUCGAGUCAAUUUUGAAAAAGAAGCAAUCAUUUGGAGUAAAAAUGAGGGACCAUAUUUUGGUUUACAAGAUUUGUAUAUUAAAUCAUCAGGAUCUUUUAUUAAUAAUAUUGUUGGUAAAAGCAAGCAACAUUCAUAUGAAAAGAAAAUCAUCAAUAGAGAAACUUUUGAAAUAGAAGAAUAUGAAGUAUUUCAAGUUAUUGAUAAUAGAUUAUCUACCUUGAUAUUAAUUAGGUUUCAAAAGAUUUUUAAGAAAAUUUUUGAUAAUAUUAAAAGGAUACCCAUAAUGAUAUCCAGAAAUAUUAUACUUAUUAUUCUUAUAAUUCUUAUAAUUUUGUGUUUAAAUUGGCUUUAUGCUAGAGCUACUAGGGGUUUUGCCAACAGACAACUAAAUCGUUCAAAUCGUUACAACUGCAGAAAUAUGAUUCAAACUGAUUAUUACUGAUUAUUGUACAUCACUCUAGUUAGAUGUUAAAAUAAAUGAUAUUUUUGAAAAUAAUUUAA